AUGGAGAAAUUGUAUUUAGAAUUUAAAGAUAAUUAUAUUGCCGCUAAUCCUAAUAUAAAAAAAGAAUUAGCUUUUAAAAAUUUACAAAAACUUUGGAAUGAGUGUAAAAGUAAUCUUGAUGAGAUCAAGAGCAAUAUCAUCAAAUUCAAGGCUAUCACAGCUAGUAGACGUGGAAAAAUGAUGUCCAUGUGGAGCAAAGCUGCAGCAACUAAAAGCUCGAGAGAUUCGGCUACCACGUCUAGCGACUCACAACCUCCUGACGUUAUUGUGAUACCAAUGAAGUUAUCAGUAGAUACAAAAAACUUACUAGCUAUUCGAAAAACUGGUCUCUGGACAGAUGAAAUGAAAAAAAAUGCAGAGGAACUUGAAGUACAGAAGAAAAAACUAAAGCAGAAGUUGAAUCGACUUAAAUUUGAUCGAAAUCGUAAACGUUUGGCACGAGCAGUAUUAAAAAGUGUAUUAGAAAGUGUAAUCACAGAAAAUCCAGAUGUGGCAAAAAAGCUAAAAAAAUUUAAAAGAAAAACAUUAGGACGACCAAGCAUUGAGACUGAUCAAUCUGACUUGUUAAAAUCAAUAAUUGAUAUUGUAACAGCCAGUGGAGCCGCUGAUGAUCGUCGACGUACUGAAUUGAUUCGCUCAUGCAAGACUCUGGAUGAUCUUCAUUCGGAACUAACGAAUUUGGGUUAUAAUCUGAGUCGAUCUGCAAUAUACAUCCGUCUUCUGCCACGCAACUAUCUGACUACUGAGGGCAAGUGGCAUAUAUCUACUGUCCCUGUAAAACUUAUAAAAGCUGCUAACAGCUUGCGUAAAGAGCACCCGGAUGCUCAUUUUGCAGCAUCGACCAUAUCUUAUUUGAAAGAUUUGGCGGUAUUGAUGGGAAGCCAUUGCACAUUCUUUCUCAGCCAAGAUGACAAAGCUAGAGUUGUGGCAGAUAGACAUAAACUAAUACCUUCUGUCUACGCUGGAUGCGUUAUCAAAGAUGGUCGUGCCACUUAUUCUGGACCUACAAUGAUAUCCAUAAGGAGUAGUAAACAUGACAAAAGCAGUGCUGCCACUCAUGUUGCAGACUUUAACACCCAUGCACCAGGUCACAGUGCAUAUAAUGCAGUAGAGCGACGCAUGGCUCCACUAUCUCACGAUUUGUCUGGCCUCAUUCUUCCCUAUGACUAUUUUGGAUCUCAUUUGGACACUAAUAGUAAAACAAUAGAUCCGGAACUGAAAAAGUUAAUUUUUACAACGUCAAAGUUAAUCUUGACAAAGUCAAUAUUUCCCUAUAUAUACAACAAGGAGCACUGA